GCCAAAAAACUCAAGCGAUGUAUCCUGGAGGGCAGUUGGUUUGAUGUCGAGGACAUUAUGAAACGGCAGGUGUUCAAAUCGAAACGGCCGUUGCUGUUUAUGAUAUACAAAGAGCAAUACCUCGAACAAUUAGAACAGCGGGAGUAUCAGAAGGCAUACACUCUCAUGACCCGUAAGCUCAAGCCCCUUGAACACUACGCUCUCCCUGGCGAGUUCCGUGAACUGUGCUAUCUGCUGACCUGCAGCUCCCUCCAAGACUCGCCCGUGUUCAAGAACUGGGACAGUCCCACUGCCGCACGGGAGAAGUUGGUGAUGCAGGCUGACAAGCUGCUAGAGGUAGACCACGUGGUCAAUGAGGAUGUGGCUGUGCCCCCACAGAGGCUGCAGGAACUGCUCCGUCAAGCGGUGGCGUAUCAAAUCGAGUUCUCACGGUACCAGCCCAAAGUUGUUCCAAAAAUAGAUUCGCUCCUGACCGACUUCCAGUCCUUUGUGCUGCCGAAUGCCGUUGCCUGCACACUGAUAGGCCACUCCGCGAACGUCAAAACGCUCGAAUUUGUGGGUAAUAAUGGGGGCCUAAUUGCCACAGGCAGCUCGGAUAACACUGUGCGGUUAUGGGACACUAACACGGGUCAGCAGAAGGCUGUCCUUUUGGGGCAUACCUCGCGUAUUUGGGACAUUUCUAAUUCGGCGAAGGGUGACUUCAUUGCCAGCGCCAGCGCAGACUCAACGAUCAAAAUAUGGGACGUAGAGACCUCGCUGAGAACUGCAGCAGAUAACGAUGGAGGCGUUGUCAUGGCAACGGAAGACGGCACCGCUGUCCGAAAUGCGCAGACACUCACUGGUCAUGCAGGGGACGUGUACUCGUGCUCCAUCCACCCGGGGCAAACACAUGUAGCCAGUGGGGGCUACGACCACACUGUACAGCUGUUUGAUUUGGAGACAGGCCAGAACAUUCGCACAUUUGCGGAACAUGAUCUGCUGGUGUCGUCGGUGACGUUCAAUCCUCACGGCAAUCUCAUCGUCAGUGG